CGCGGUAAUACCAACAGGUUUUUUGCUAUAAUACGCCGGCGUCUAUUUGUGUAUCGCUUUAUAAAAGCAAGCGGCUGCAGAACAAAAACAUAGUGAGUGAGAAGCUUCACAAUGAUGGAGCUCACCUGUGCCUUCGUACUUUUAUCGGCGAGCUUAGUGUGUGCAUCCCCUUAUGGAUAUGGGGUCAAGGGUGGAGCAUCCGCGAGAGCUGAUUCUAGUGCUGCCGCUGGAGCUUUUGGCAUACCGGUUGCAGUGCCAUUAGGAGCUAGCUAUUCAGGAAGUUUUUCUAAAUCGGCUUCAUCUAGUUCAUCUUCCUCGAGUUCUAGUUCAAGUUCAAGUUCUAGCUCAUUUACCUAUAGUGGCUCCGGAGCUGGUGGUUUUGGAUUGAAUGGUGGAGUUCAUGGGGGCGGAGAUUGCUCGUCUGGUCACUGUCAGACUAGCGGUAAUAAUGACAUACAGGCGACCCAGGGGUCUGCCGCUCAUGGAUAUAAUGCUGCUAAUACAGCGGCCGCAGCAGCGGGAGGUACACCAGAGCUAGGAUGCCAGGGACCUAGUUGUCAUGACAAUACUGAAAAAUGUGCACCAGGGCAAUGUAAACCACAAUCUGAGUCUGGAACUGGAAUAGGAGCCAACAAAUGCUCAUCCGGUCAAUGUGUUUCUUCUGCAGGAAAUUCCUCGCCAUCGGGAUACGACUCAAAUGACAUCCAUGUGGCCAAUGGUGCUUCGAAAUCUGCUCACAACAACAAAGAUUAUUCUGUUGACAAAACAUCUAUACCUUCUCAUGGUGCCGAUUCAGGUUGCUCUCAGGGAAAGUGUGGUGCAUCUGGACCUUCAAGUCCCGCCUCUAGUUACUAUAAUCAUGGGUCAGAAAAUUCAAAUUAUGGAUUGGGUGCGUCUAACACACAAGGUACAACUAAUGCGGAUUUUGACGUUAACAUACAUCCCCAGAAACCUUCAACAUCUUUAGAAACUCCUAAAUUUGGAGAAAAGUGUACCUCAGGAAAUUGCAACGCUGAACCAGGAAAGCCAAUCCACGAAAGUUCGCCGUCCAGUUACAACGUGCCAAUACAUGGGUCAUACAAUCAACCUGACUCAAAAUCUCCUUGUGAUGGCGGUAAUUGUCAGAACCAGCCAAAGAAUACACAAGCUACCGCAUACGAAAAUUCACUAUCCACGAACGUGAACCAACAACAUGGACUUCAUACCGACAAUUAUGUAACGUCAGGCCCCUCAUCUUUAAACAGUCCUAGUUCAACCAAUUGUGGAGGAUCAAGUUGUUUUGGGAAACCAAACAGUCAGGUACCUAACGGCCCUUCAUUUUCUUUAAGCCCCAUCUCUAAUUUUGGACAACCACCGUCGAACACUCCUGUCCUAAGCGGAACAGCCUGUAAGACACCAAAUUGCAACCCUCAUUCAUCAACUCCAGCAUUUACAUCAGCAUCUAACGUAGCACCUGGACAUGGACAUGGUAAACCAUCUGAAACAAAACCAUCAAAUGACGAGCUGCCGGCAUAUACAGGAGGUUUCGGAGGUCCAGCUGGUAUAUUAAAUCCUAAUGAGUUUAAUGUUCCAUCACCAGCUAUUAACCCAAGUCACGGACAUGCUAGUACAGGACACGAUGGGAAACCAUCAGGAAGUAUUCCGACCGGCUGUAGUUUACCUAGUUGCUCUGGAUCCCCUUCUGCUUCUGGAUCUAAUGUGCCGACAGGUAGUUAUAACCACCAACCUACCGACAAAUUGCCAACAUAUACAGGUGGUUUCGGUGGUCCCGUUGGAAUGCUGAAACCAAAUGAAUUUGAUACUCAUACAGCAAUUACUAAUGCAAAUUAUGCACACCCUGGGAGCGCGUCAUAUAAUACACCACAACCAGGUAACGUUGGUGUAACAGGUUGUAAAACAGCAGCUUGUGGUGGAUAUUCACCUACCGCGAGUGCUUCAACUGGAGCAACAGCACCAUCUGGAUAUUUUGGCUCAACGAAACCAAUCACUGGUGCAAGUGCAUCUAGCGAGAAACUACCAUCUUAUACUGGCGGAUUUGGAGGCCCUGAAGGAGUAUUUACCCCUAAUCAACACGAUUCUCAUGUAACUGGACCUAGUAGCCCUAGUUAUACCCCUACAGGUUCUUACAAUAAUCCUACCUCCGUUGGCAUUACUGGCGGUUGCACAACACCGAACUGCUAUCCUUCUGGGGCAACUACCGCUGCAGGUAAUGCCCAAACUGAAGUAUUUGGAGUCACAAAACCAAGUUUCGGUUCUCACACCUCAAGUGGAACAUAUCCUUCUAUUCAUACAACCGGUAACGGUAAACUUCCCGAAGUGCAUGGUUCGAAUGGAAUCAGCUCUCCUGCCUCCACAGCGACUUAUACUCAAACAUCACCGUCUUCUGGCCAUUCGCCUAAUUGUAAAACAGGAAAUUGUGCCGUUUAUCCCGCAAGCGGUUCGUCGCCUGGACAAAAUGUGCAUCCUGGAUCAACUAGUUUAACCAAGCCCAAUACAGGUGUACACCCUACUGGUCCAUCACAACCUCAACACACGGCCGGAUUCAUUGGUGCAGCUAAACCUGUUGACCACAAUUACGAUAUCCCUUCCACUGGCAGCGGAUCAUUUAACUGUAAAACAUCUAACUGCGUAAAUUCACCUACGGCUAGUGGUACUGUGACAUCUGGAGCGAAUAGUCAGUAUGAAGCUAACGCUCAAUCUGGAGCUAACGCUCAAUCUGGAAUUAAUGCUCAGUUUGGAUCUGUGUCUGGUGUUAAACCUGAAAGUGAUAAAAAACCAAUCUACACUGGCGGUUUUGGCGGAGCAUCAGGUUUACUGAAACCUAAUGAAUUUAAGGUGCCAGCUGUUAACCCUGUACUUAAUGAUAAUAAACCAAUCGUAAGUACUGCACCUACUGCUUGCUCAUCCGGAAACUGCAGCCCUCACGCUACCCACACUACAGCUACACCUUCACAUAGCGGUGCUGCAAACGGAGUUCAUGCUUCAGCAGCAGCUGCUGCAGACGCUCACGCCGUUGUAUACACUGGAGGAUUUGGAGGACCCCCUGGUGUUCUUCAGCCAUAUGAUGAUGGGAAAAUUGGACCAUUACCCACAACUGGAGGACACUUAUCUCUAACAAGCGGGCCACACGGAGAUUCUCACAAUGUUAACGGUAAUUCACCACACGGUAUGAGUUCCGUAGGUUACAAUGCCCCAACGGCAGCUACAGGAGGUCCAGGAUCUCCAGGGGUUCAUGGAAGUACAGAUUUACAUGCUGGCAGCAUCGCCAGUUCUACGGCAUUUGCGGGAGCUGCUUCAGGCGCCACAGCAGGAUCAUAUGGACAAAAUACGCAUGGGUCAUACAAUCACGGAGGAAAUGUUAAGGGCGGUAGUCCGUGCGGCGGCGGCUGCGGUGGAUCAGGUAGAGGGUCACAUAAUGGUGGUGCAUCUUUUGACUUCAAUCGUGGACAACAUGGGUUUCCUAAAUUCGGAUUCUCCGAUGGAUUGAGCGGAGUUGGAAGUUUGUCAGCUGCGACAGCAAAAAGUCUUGCUAGCGCUUUCGGAGCGGGAGGCAGCAUUGCCGGAAGUUCCGCAAGUGCACAUUCUUCCGCUGGUGCUUACACUAAAGGAGGUUAUGGAAAGCGAUAAAUGGCGAAUUACCUAAGUACUUAGUAUUGUUAUGAAAACGAAGACUUAUUUAAUUUUACUUAAUAUUUUAGAAACGAUAGUCGAUAAAUGUCGUGAUAACAAUGUGAUAAACAAAC